AUGAGUCCAUUCACACUGGCUCAUGUUACCUUUCUCCCCUCUGCUUCUAUUUCUUCCCACCCCACCCCAACACCAGCCCAGCUCCCAGCUCCCAGCCAAGCUCCUAGCCCAGGACCCAGCCCAGCGUCCAGCUCCCGGCCCAGCUCUCGGCACAGCUCCCAGCCCAGCGCCCAGCUCCCGGCCCAGCUCCCAGCCCAGCACCCAGCCCAGCGUCCAGCACCCGGCCCAGCUCCCAGCCCAGUGUCCAGCUCCCGUCCCAGCUCCCAGCCCAGCCCAGCUCCCAGCCCAGCUCCCAGCCCAGCACCCAGCCCAGCGUCCAGCUCCCAGCCCAGCUCCCAGCCCAGCACCCAGCACCCAGCCCAGCAUCCAGCUCCCGGCCCAGCUCCCAGCCCAGCCCCCAGCCUAGCGCCCAGCACCCAGCCCAGCGCCCAGCUCCCGGCCCAGCGCCCAGCUCCUGGCCCAGCUUCCAACCCAGCUCCCAGCCCAGUGCCCAGCUCCCGGCCCAGCUCCCAGCCCAGCUCCCAGCCUAGCGCCCAGCACCCAGCCCAGCGCCCAGCUCCCGGCCCAGCUCCCAGCCCAGCUCCCAGCCUAGCGCCCAGCACCCAGCCCAGCGCCCAGCUCCCGGCCCAGCUCCCAGCCCAGCACCCAGCCCAGCGUCCAGCACCCGGCCCAGCUCCCAGCCCAGUGUCCAGCUCCCAUCCCAGCUCACAGCCCAGCUCCCAGCCCAGCUCCCAGCCCAGCACCCAGCCCAGCGUCCAGCUCCCAGCCCAGCUCCCAGCCCAGCACCCAGCACCCAGCCCAGCAUCCAGCUCCCGGCCCAGCUCCCAGCCCAGCCCCCAGCCUAGCGCCCAGCACCCAGCCCAGCGCCCAGCUCCCGGCCCAGCGCCCAGCUCCCGGCCCAGCUUCCAACCCAGCUCCCAGCCCAGUGCCCAGCUCCCGGCCCAGCUCCCAGCCCAGCUCCCAGCCUAG